GCCAUCGUGGCCAUUGAGAACCCAGCUGAUGUCUGCGUCAUCUCCUCCAGGAACACUGGACAGAGGGCUGUGCUGAAGUUUGCGUCCGCCACCGGCGCCACCACCUUCCACGGUCGUUUUACCCCCGGAACCUUCACCAAUCAGAUCCAGGCUGCUUUCCGUGAACCCCGCCUCCUGAUUGUGACCGACCCCCGUGCCGACCACCAGCCCCUGACUGAGGCCUCCUACGUCAACAUCCCCACCAUCGCCAUGUGCAACACUGACUCUCCCCUCAGAUACGUGGACAUCGCCAUCCCCUGCAACAACAAGGUACAGACAGCCCAUAGACUACAGAUGUAUGUUCUAGUGGUCUCUCAUUUUUGUGUAUGUAUAUAUAUACAUAUACACACAUACAUAUAAAAGUGUGUAUAUAUA